AUGGAGCUUGAGCAACGGCGCGCUCUGCGGCUGCACAUGAGGGGCUGCGGGAACGGAGGUAUGAGGGUUGACGUUGACUUCCCCGCCCCUCAUGUGAUGUAUCUCCGUCGUGGCUGGAAGACCUUUGCCCGUGCCCACGGCUUAUCGAAGGGGCACGUUCUCCAGUUCAAAUUAAUGGAGAACGGCCUGCUCUCCGUCAAGAUCUUCGGGCGAUCAGGAGGUCGCUUAGGGUGCUGCACGGAGAGCUCGACCGACGACGAAAGCUCCUCCUCGAGCGAAAGCGAUGAGGAGGACAGUGACAACGAUGACAACGGCAGCGGGCGGGGGAGCGACGACUCUGACUCCGGCUGA